AAUGAGAACUGCCCCGCCUCUAUGUUGCUCUAUCCUUAAAUCAACCUCAUCACAAAUUGUAAGCUAGAUAAGUGUGUUCUUAGUAAAUAGAAAGCUCGAAAUUUUUCCCGAAUUUGAAUCUGACUUUCAGACACAGUCACCUGACAUUAUAUUUCCGUUGCUUCCUCAGACGUCCAGGAAGUCUGCAGGAUGGCUGGCGAUCGUCUUACUAACUCCGUCCUUGGCUCAUUGGUUGGAGCCAAGUGGUGAAUUCUUAUCCCGUCUCAUAGGCCAUGUGUUGCAACCAAACACCGCCGAAGCACGAAUGUCUGCAGUCUGCCAUGCUGCAGUAGCUGUAGUAGAUCGCUUGCCCGGAAGUAGCACCCAUGUAAUGCAUGCUUCAAAGUCUGGCUUAGAUCCUGCAGCGUAUGAGGGCAUCUCAGUAUAUUUUAAUGAGACAAACUCAGAGGAUAUUGAAGAUAUCAAGCAAUAUCAUCAGCGGGGCAGAAGUCUAGAUAGCUCCCAUUCUGCGAGCAUAUCAUUCACUUUCAAGGAUGAGGACGUACCAGCCCCGGGCAGCCGUUCCGUAAUUUCAAGGGCCAUUCAAGUGCCACUUGCGAACACUCUCUUCCAAACCGGAAACCAAUCUACGCUUUCUACCUCGAAAUGGGUAUUGCAACCUGGCUCGUCUGGUUUCUCAUGUUUGGAGAAAUCCGAGCCAGCAUCGCUUGCAAUUAACCUUCCCGGACAAAGCACCACUGCUGAACUUGCCAAAACUACAUACAAUGUCCCAAUAUUCGCCGUGACACCGCCUCGAGAGCUCGGUGCUGCUAUGGGGAAUAUCAUACGCCAGCUCAUCUUUGAUAAAUCGGUGCCAGCAUCCGAAGAACUCGAGAGAGCGCUCACAGAGUACUUUGCCUCUCAAAAGCUCCCUCAGCAAGCCCUUUCUGUAUGGGCUCUAGUUAUUCCUCGAGCAGUGUUUUCCCAAUUAAAGGAGGGACAAGGGCCUGAAACCAGUUCAGAUACUAUAUUCCAACCAGCAGAGCCUUUCAAAACGGGUUCUGACUCUUGGGAGCCUCUUCAGAGCAGCAUAAUUGGCACGUACAUCGAAGCAGGCGCGCAUAUGCAUCGCGUGCUCAGUGGCGGAGGCGGGUGGGGACAGAAGCGCGGUUUGCUCUCCCUGGAUCCUCACGUCAGCUAUAACCCGGAAGAAGAACACUCAUGGUCUGGUCAAAUCGAAGAGCGUUUUUCCGAACCCAAGGAGUUGGCUGGUGUUGCAAGCCCGGGAGACUUUAUUCAAUUUUUCGUUUCUCCGACUAAUCUAUCUACGCCAUUACCAGCGAACGAUCCUGGCGAUAACUCCAAUCUUGCAGGAGAUAGCCUUCAGCGGCAUGUAGUAUCUUCUUCUCUGGUCUUUGGGACCACAUUUUCCGCCAUAGACGAGACUCCAACGACAUGGACAUCUGAAGCAUCCCAAUCUGGUCAAUCUGACCUAAUCGUCAGCCCCCACUUUGGCGCGUUGUCGCAGCAAGGGAUAAGCUUGAAGAUUGAACGUGUGUCGACUAGUGUUCCACGUUCAGAGAGUCGCGUCGUCUGUCAAACGAAGUUAGAUGUCCCUUGCAUGAGGCUGAAUCGCGUCACGUACAAUCGCAAGGGACCCUGAUUUUCAAUUUUGGACGCGUAUCUCGCGAACUGUAACGCGCACCCCUUUUUGUUGGAAUCUAAUCAAAAACCAACUUAUACACCAACGCCUUAAAUGAUCCCUCCCAAAAUACAACUAGUUGUCCAAUCUAUGCAAAGUAUGCACU